CUCAAUACGAAACGAGUACAGAUGAAACAAUCAUGCUCCAGCUAGGUAGGUACAUAGUAGAAAGCUCGUGUUGCGGCUAUGAUAGUUAAAUAAAUAAAAAAAUCCAUGGUCUGGAACUUUUCAAUUCCAACUUCAUCAGCAUUCGUUUUUUCUUUCUUUCCCUAACAAGAUAAAAAUGGCAAAUUGCGUAUGGCGGUACUGGCUACCUGUCUGUCUAGCUAUUAAUGGCGUCUUUGCUUCGUCGAAUAUUCCGCGCGCCACCUGGCCGAACGGACCUUUCCUUACUUCGGGCCGCUGGAUUCAUGAUGCCGCCGGCUCCACCGUCACCUACGUCGGCGUGAAUUGGCCGGGGUCGCUGGACACUAUGAUUCCUGAAGGUUUACAGUAUCAAUCCAUUCAAUCAAUCGUUUCCAAGAUCAAAAGCCUGGGCAUGAACACUAUCCGACUCACAUAUGCCACCGAGAUGAUAGAUCAAUAUUAUGAUAAUGGAGAGACCGAUAUAACAAUCCAGAAAGCCUUGACCGACGUCUUGGGACAGGAUAGUGGAAGGGUAGUGUACCAUAAAAUCAUUACCAAUAACCCAUCUUUCAGUGAAAAAACCACGCGGUUACAGGUUUAUGACGCUAUUGCAGCUGAAUGUGCAAAGCAGGAGAUCUAUGUCCAUUUAGACAAUCAUAUCUCAAAAGCAGGCUGGUGCUGCAGCCCCCUUGACGGGAACUCUUGGUGGGGUGAUGAAUUCUUCAACAUCGACAACUGGACGCGAGGCUUAUCUUUUAUGGCAACACAUGGGAAAUCAUGGCCAAGCCUCACGUCGAUGUCUCUAAGGAACGAGCUUCGCAUACCCCUGAAUAACGUCACAUUUGCCAGUAGUGCCUACAGUUGGGAACGCUGGUAUACUUACGUUAAACAGGGCUCAAGCGCUAUUCACAGAGCCAACGGAGACGUCUUGAUAUUCCUCUCGGGAUUAAAUUCGGAUCAGGAUCUAAGCCCUAUAGUUAACGGAACAGCACUCACGCCUGGUUCAGCCACUUUCAACCAAGACGAUUUCUCAGGCUUCGCGAACAAAUUAGUCCUUGAGCUACAUGCGUACGAUAACAUUUUUGGGUCCGGACCCAGCAAUUGUACCGCUGUUGAAGCCAAAUUAUUUAACGCCGGCUUCAAGGCCUUAACAGACGAAGCUAAAAAUCGGUUUCCGGUCGUCUUGACAGAGUUUGGUCUUCUGCAGAACAACGAAGCGAAGCAAGAUCCUUAUAUAUCAUGCCUACUAGAUUAUGUGCCUUCGGCGAACGCCGGCUGGAUGAUCUGGGAAAUAGGGGGGAGUUACUACAUUCGUGAGGGGACUCAAGAUCAGGAUGAAAGCUGGGGCCUAUUGACACACGAUUGGUCGGACUGGAGGUCCCCGGAUUUUGCCAACAACGCCUUGGCGCCUGCAGCAAAGCGAACAUUUACAAUCGACCAGAACUCAGAAAAUAACAUUUCUCCGCAUACCGCUAAUGGCGGCGAAAAAUCUCGAGGGACGAGAAUGGCAGCCAUGCGUGCUUCAGCUUUGUUCGAUGUACCGCUGUGGCUCAUCGUCGCAAUACUUGUGGUGUCUGUAUCUGUCUUGGAAUAGAGGACCGGAUGAAUAUGUGGUUUCGGCACUUAGAUCUUAAAUAAGAGCGAAUUUCUGGAUAGCACAACCGAUUCCCAACGAAUACUUACUAUGCAAUCUCAUCGUUUGGAGCUGACAUCUCUACUGUCUACGCAUCAAAUCCAGGCAAGCUCUAGGUACGUGAUCGGGUGCUUCCCAACCGGCCCGCGUGAACUCUGACUGGUGUCUACCUUGGUGCCCCACGAAUCUUCCAAUAAAAUACCGGAGUAUCCAACGGCUAUAACCUAUGAGGAAUAGGUACUUACAUAUAGGUACCUAGGGGAGAGAAAUCUUUAAUACCUACCAGGUACCUCCUACGGUUCCAUUGGGCAUUUGUUUUAGCGCGUACAUGUGAAGAACUUACCUCGAGGCCCGCUCAAGCUGCAUAAGGG